AUGAGAGUAGAAAUUUGGAGAUUAAAUCUUAUUACUUGUUUCUUUUUUAAAAUACUUAUAAAAGAAAUAUAUGGUGCAAAUGCAGCAUGUGCUACUGCGAACACCUAAGCAUUAUGCUAAAAUGCAGGAGGAUGUAAUGGAGUUUGGGAUAAUACAAACUUAGUUUGCUAUGACUGCACAGUAGAUUAGAAUACCUGCUAAAAUAAUUGUUUGAGAAGAUGGAUCAAUGGUAGUUGUGUAAAUAAAUGCACAAAUGCCUAAAAUCUAGCAGAUUGUAAUGCAUGCUAUGGCUCUUGGAAUAAUUUAGCAAAUCAAUGCUAUGACUGUAUGCAAGACUAAUCAACAUGCAAUGAUGUUUGUAAUCGUUAUUGGAUAAAUGGAUUUUGCUGGGAUUGUGAUGGUAGCUAAGUUACUUGUUUAGAUACUAAUAAAUGCAAAGGUGCAUGGAUUGCAGCUUCAAGUUCUUGCUAAGUAUGUUGGCCUAACUAAUCAUAUUGCAAUGCAUGUAAUAGGUUUUGGGAUACUUCAGUAGCUCCUCCAACUUGCAUAAACUGUUAACAGGAUUAGACUACAUGUGAAACUGGAGCCAAAUGUAAUGGCUAUUGGAAUUCUAGUACAAGUUUCUGUACUGUUUGUUCAUUGAAUUAAGCGAAUUGUUAAGGAUCUAUUUGUAAUGGUACAUGGAAUUCUGUUACAGGUACUUGCACUAACUGUAACAAUGAUUCAAGGCAAUGUGGAUUAUGUAAUAAGAACUUUCUUUUUGGAUAAUGUGUUGAUUGUAAUUCAGGAUAUAAUACUUGCACAAGUAUUACAUAUUGUAACGGGCAAUGGGAUACAGUAAACGCUGUUUGUAUAAUUUGUAAUUAAAGUUAAACUAUAUGCUAAACUACAGGGGCAGGUAACUGUAAUGGUACUUGGUAAACAUCUCCUGCGCCUGCAAGAUGCAAUAAAUGCUAAAAUAGUCUAACUGAAUGCACAAAAUGUGGAUUAAACUGGAUUCCUGGAGUUCCAAAAUGCCUUAAUUGUAGUUAAGAUUAAGCUACUUGUUAAAAUACAGCAAUUUGUAAUGGAGUUUGGAAUUCAAGUACUAACACUUGCCUAAUAUGUAAUUUAGACGCUGGUACAUGCUCUUCUUGUCCUUUAUUAAGAACUUGGGAUCCUUAAACUCCUAGUUCUAAUUUAUGCUUAAAUUGCUACAAAGAUUAGCCUACAUGUACAUAAUGCAACUAUUUUUGGGUUCCUUCUAACUCUUAUUAUGAUCCUAGUGUUUAAAAUAUUUGUAUUAAUUGCAACUCAUCACAAGAUUAUUGCACAAAUAAAUUAAAAUGUAAUGGAAUUUGGGAUCCUGUGAAUUCAGUAUGUAGCUAAUAAUGUAAUCUAAGUCUAGCUUAGUGUAAUAGUUGUUCAGGUAGUUGGGAUAAUACUAAUAAAUUAUGCAAUGUCUGUAGUAAAACUUAAGCUGAAUGUAACAUAUGUGGAAAUUAAUGGGUUUUAGGAUAGUGUAUAAAUUGCUAAUAAAGUUAAGCAGUGUGUUAAGCAGCAACUUGCUCCGGAAUUUGGAAUGCUUCUAAUUCUCCUAAGUGCUUAGUAUGCAACGAAAAUUCAACUAAUUGUAAAAAAUGUGGUGGAUUUUGGAUUGAUUCCUAAUGUUUAAAAUGUGAUACAAACUCUACAAUUUGCACAUAAUGUGGUGGAAUUUAUAAUACUAUUUCAUAAACUUGUGUCUUAUUGAAUGAUUAAUUCACCUGUAAUUAGCUAAUGUAGGGCUAGUUAUCAACUCAAGGAUUAAGUUCAUUUUUAGAACCUUACUGGAAUGGAGUAUUAUGUGUUGAUUGCUAAGCAAGUUAGUAUAUUUGUAACAAAGAGUGUUUCAGAGUUUGGACAAAUAAUGCUUGCUCAACUUAAUCAUGUAAUACUGAUUAAUACACUUGUGAGUCGAUUUGCUUUUUGCAUUGGAAUUACUAUUAAAAUGCCUGCUACUUCGAUGAUGUCAAUCAAAAUAGUAUUUGCACAAUAUCAAACGAUUCUGUUAUGGUGAAUGGAAGCUGCAUCUAAUGUCAUGCAAGCUAGGAUCUUUGUGUGAAUUAAUGUAACUAAGCCUACACUCCGAAUGGAUUAAGAACAUGGACGAAUAAUAAAUGUACAGAUUGUUAGGCUGACUAAAAUACAUGCACUAAUGUUUGCAAAAUGAACUGGAUUAAAAUAACUGCUGGAGCUCAAAACAAAUAUGUAUGUAUUUAAUGCAAUUCUGAUAUGUAUAACUGUUCUAUGUGUUAAGGGAAGUGGGAUAGUGUAAAUACAGUAUGUAAUAAUAUUGGUACAUUUUGCAACUCAAGCUCCACUAAUUGCUCUAAUUGUUCUUUUAUUCCCACUUUACAAUUUUUGUAUUCUUCUACUUCUUCAUAAUGCUAUUACUGUAAUCUAAAUUAAUUUACUUGUGAAACUGCUUGUAAGAGUCUUUGGUUACCUAAUCUUUAAUACUGUGAGGUUUUAACCACUCAAGAUUAUUGUUAACUUAAUAACAGAGGUUAUUGGAACCCAGCAACAAAUUCCUGCAGUUUAUGCAACAGUAGCUCAGCUGCUUGUACAUUGUGUAGCCAAUAUAAUAUUUGGAAUAGUUAAUAAAAUGUUUGCUAGAAUAUUAAUUUAGGACAGUAAUAUUGCCCUACCAGUGCAAACGGAGGUAACUUUGUGUGGGUGACUGAUUCAUUAUCAACUUUAUAUGGAAUAUCUUUGCAAAAUGGUAGAUGUGUAACUUGCAAUCUUAGCUUAAAUGUUUGUUAGAAUGCUUGCUAGCGUUCUUGGGAUGCUACUAAUAGCGUUUGCCUUACUUGUAAUUAUAGCUAAUCAGUUUGUGAAAAUAAUUGUUUGAUGAAUUGGGUUCCUUAAAGCAGUUAAAAAUGUGCUUUAUGCAAUGCUAAUUAGAAUACUUGUGUAAAUAUUUGUAAUUGGUAUUGGAAUAGUCAAGCUAAUACUUGCAUUAAUUGUAACAAAGACUAAAUUACAUGCUAAAAUCCAUCUACAUGUAAUGGAUCUUGGAAUUCUAGUACUAAUUUGUGCUAAUUUUGUAACUUGAGUUAAGCUAUUUGUGAAAAAUCUUGCUUUUUUAUCUAUAGUCAAUAAAAUAACUCUUGUAUUAAUUGCUAAUCCUCUUAGUAAGUUUGUUAAUAAUAAUGUGGCUAUAUAUGGAAUCCAACUUUACCAGCAAAUACAAACUGCAUCCUAUGCAAUUAAAGUUAAGCUAUAUGUCAGGCUACAGGAUAAUACUAAUGCAAUGGAUUUUGGUUGGCUUCUAAUAAAUGCACUUAGAUCAAAUGUAACUAAGACUAGAACACAUGUGUAAAUAAAUGCAUUAUGGUUUGGAAUUCCAUUCAAAAUCUUUGUUAGGCAUGCUCUUAAACUUAAUAUAAGUAAACAACAGCUGUUGAUCCUUUCUAUACAUGUCUAAACUGCAAUUAAUUGAUUCUUGCAGCUGACUGCUCUAAUAACUGUAAGCUUAACUAAUUCUUUUGGGAUACAACGAUUGCUACUUAAUAUAAAUGUAGAUAGUGCACAGCUUUAGAAUAUUGGAAUGGUUCUUAAUGCAUUCUUUGUACUACAAUUGACCCAAACUGUAACUGGUGUUAAUAAGUAGGUGGUACUGCUACUUGUCUAGGAUGCUCUAAUAACUAUAGAGUUAAGACAACUACUUAAUGCAGCUGUGAUGGUGAUCGUAUACCUAAUGCAUCUGGAGUUUGUACACUUUGCUCAAGUUUGAUAGCAAAUUGUUCCUUAUGUAGCUCGAUAACUACAUGCGGAACUUGUGCAUAAGGCUAUUCUUGGGACUCAACGAACAAAGUUUGCCGUGCUAAAUUUACUUUUACUUCAAAUACUCUUUCAGGAAUAGCAUUUUUGACAGAUUUUACUUUCACUUUAUCAUAUCCUAAUGCAAACAAUCCAACAAACGCUCCUAUUAUUUAUGCAGUUUAUUUAUAUGAUUCGAUCACUGCUUAUAAUACUGAACUGAGCAAUUUCUUAAACUAGCAAAUAUCUGUAGGCGUUUUAUAUCAAAAGGGACUUGCACAAAACACAGGUUACUCAGUUAAACUUAAAACUGGAAACCCUGUACUUGCUCCAUUGCUUAUUCUAAAUGGUUAAGUAAUACCUCCUGAAGAUUAAAUAUUAAUUUUUACAGUAACUCAAUAAUUCUCUUACUUAGAUUAGUUUACAAAGUAUAUUAACUAAAUGAGCAGUAUUUUAACUCCUUAAGAUUUUUACUACAAAUAAUACUCAGAUGAGUUAGUCAAUUAAUAUUACUAAAAUGCAUGCAGCAAUUGUCCUACUGGUGUUACUUGUAUAGCAAAUACUUAACAAUGCAACUGUGCUUUGUAAGGUGCUAAUAUGACUCUUUAUGAUUGUUCUGGUCUUGACAGUUCCUAAUUUAAUUAAUUAGCUACAAAUUUGUUUUCAUACUUUAAAAGCACCAAUACUUCAGCUUAGAGUCAAUAAAAACUGACUUAGUUGCUGCUCUAAGUAGGCACAACUGGAAAUUCUAAUAUGAGUACUGAUUUGUUUUAAUUUUAUGCUAGUUUACUUCCAAAUUAUGUAAAUAGCAAAACUACACCUACAGCAUCUGAUUACUUGAAUUUUAUAGACAUAAUUAGAAAAGUUGUCACCUAUACAGAUUAUAUGGUAACAAAUAAUUUAGCUACAAGUGCUAGUUAAAUUUAUUAUCCACAUGAUAUGAUUCAAUAUGCUAUUAUUGCAGUUUUAGACUAUUAAAAUACUUAUACCCUUGAAACUUUGUAAAAUAAUCGACUAUCUGCAGCAGCUGUUUCAGCAUUAUCAGAUUUAGUAACAACACUUGAUGUUUACUAAUUAUAGUAUGGCUCAACAAAACCUCCUAUUUACAGUUAAAGCAGUAGCUUAACUAAAGGAGGUGCAGUUAAGGCUGCUAGAUUCUUCUACAAUUCAGAUCCUUAUUUCAUAGGAAAUUCGACUUUUACAUCAUAUACAAAUUACCCUUUUAUUGAGUAUUUUGUAUAUUAAAAAUCAGGCAGCACAUACAAAAGAUAAGAUGUUAAUUUUACUUUCAUUUUUACUGUCAGUGAAGUAAAGUAAAGUACAAAGUGUGUAAUGCGCUAAGGAGAUUAUUUGGUAUUAUGCGGUUCUUAAUAAUCUGAUACAACAAAUCUCAAAAUUACUUGUGUUUGCACAAACUCAGCAACUCUUAUAGAAAAAACUAUUUUAGUAGAACCGAUAGUUACUACUUCAAGUUCAAAUAACUAUAUCCUUUACAUUAUACUUGGUUGCUCACUUGGUGGUGCUUUGGUUAUAUUUUUAGGAUUUUUGUUUGUCUAUCUGAAGAAGUAGGCACUUAAUGAUAAGUUUAAGAUUCUUAAAAAGCAAAAAGAUGGUUCAAGAGCAAUAGAUCCAAACCUUUCUCUCAGUGAUUAUGAUUUGGAGAUUAAGGAAUGA